AGAAUUGCUGGGGGGUGGGACUUCCUGUGGAUUUUAAUUCUAUUCAGGCAGGGAGACGAAAACAUGGAACACAGGACCAAGUCAGCCGUGAACCUCCCAGGAGGUGCGAAUGGUCUGGUGUCAUCAGCAACAAGGUUGUUGGAAUGGGAACCCGUGCUUUGGGCCCCUAGCUAAGAACCUUGUUGGCUUGGGAACCUGAUAUUGGCCCCUGGUUUAAGGGCUCUAAUGUGAGGGCUCUGGCUUUGGGAUCGUGGUUUUGUGGUCUUGGGUUUGCCACCUUGGCAUCAGGGCCCUAUAGCUUCAGGGCUGUGGACCCUGCCUCCAUGCAUAGCGGACAUCUUGACAGAACCUUCUCAUGUUUAUCUGUUGUGAAUACUGAGUGGAUCCCACUUCUGUUCAGUUGAACCUUUACUGUCCAAGAUCCUCUAGACCAAAACAUGUCUUCAGAUUAGGGUCCAAUUAGGGAUGGACAAUAUAUCGGCAUCAAUAUCGGUAUCGGCCGAUGUUAGUCAUUUUUAAAAAUAUCAGUCCGAUAGAUAAAACCAGGCCUAUAUUAACAACCGAUAUUUUUUUCCAUCUUGCUUCCAUUUGUUUGCCUGUUUCAGAGGGUGAGGGGGUGAUGUGUAUUGGUUUAGUCAUGUGACUAGUCACAGUGAAUGAAAUCAUCUCAGAAGUGUAAAUGUGUGUUUUGUGUGUACUGUAAAUUCAGCUUUAAUAAUGUUCAUUUUAUACAAAAUCGGCUGAUUUUGGAAGCAUUAAUGACAGUUUAUCUGUUAUCGGCCAUAACGGUGACAUUAAUAUCGGCCCAAAAAUGUCAUAUCGUUGCAUAACUAGGUCAGGUCCAAUCCAGCUCCUGUUCUGGGUUCAGGUCACGUACCUCCAGAGUCCUGCAUGAACCCUAGAUCCAGGUUCUACAUGAUUCGAUCCCAAAUAUCCGGGUUGGGCCGGUUAGAGGUUCUGACAGCAAGAUGACCUUGGGCAAAAAUAAGCCUCUUAACAAAAUCAGAGUUAAUUUAAAUAAAGUGUAAUUUUUCUCCAUGCUGCAGGGUUGGUCAUCAUGACAUGUUUGGCUGUGUUGAAGCUUUUAAACCUCUGGAACUUUUACAGAACAGAUGGUGGACCAUAUGUGACUGAGACCAAAUAGAAACCCGGACCUGAUCCAGGUAUGCUGUCUGAUCCACGUGAAACAACAGCCCUUACUGUGGACAUCUUAGCAUGAAAUGUCAGGAUUGUCUCUGUCCGGAAGUGCUGACAGGGGCAAGAUGGACUAAAUGAAACCUGUCCCAGACCUGUCUGUCGGGACCGGAUGUGCAGCUGCAAGUUUGUAAGACAAAUUAAAUCUCUAUUUAUUGUUUUAAUCUUUGAUGCAUAAACAACUGUCGAGUGUCUAAAGUAGUCCGAUCCGUUCCGUGAAUCCGCCCCUGUCUUUGUUCUGUCUCUCCUACUUUAAUAUCAGGAAGGAGCGUGAGGCGGAGGGAAGGCCUCCUCCUCCUCCUCUCCGGCCAGCUGAGCAGGAGGCGGGACUCGCAGACCUCCAGCCUGAUCCCGGAGGGAAGCGGCAGCUUCAGCCCAUGUUCCCCGCUGCUGGCAGCAUGACAUCUGGGGAGUUCGUGCAGAGCGCUCCGCUGCUGGAGACCCGGUCCAUCCGGAGUCUGAUGUAUAAAACCCUCUGCUUCCUCCUCCUGGUCCUCCAGGGCGCCGUCCUGGACUUCUACCUCAUCAUCUUCACCGACCUGUACUGGUGCUCGUGGAUCGCCACGGACCUGGUGGUGGUCUCCGGAUGGGGGAUCUUCUUCCUGAAGAACGCUCGGAGCAAACGGGAGCGGGCCUGCGGCUUCCACCAGAAGAGCUCCAUCUUCGGCUGCAACCUGGGAGAGUUCACCUACGCCUACCUGGCCUGGCUCAUCUACGUCAUCGCCUGCACACCCAAAGUCGUCCUGAUUCUGGAGACCUCCAUCCUGGGCCUGAUCGCGCUAAAGGUUCCGUGCGGAGUGACCGGUCUGAAAGUCACCGUGCUUCUGUCGGUACCGCUGCUCUUCUGCCUCAUCAGCUCCAUUGUGGUGGAUCUAAACGGGCCGACACGGCACCACUCCCAGACCUGCUUUCUGAGCACCUGCCUGGACCUGCUGGACAGCUUCACGCUGCUGGAGAUGGUUCUGAGGGCCGAGAUCCCUUCCGUCUACCUAAAGUACACCGUGCUGUCGGUGUACUUCGUUGCCCUGGCGGUACCGGUGGUGUGGCUGUACGAACUGACAGCGGCGGAGCUGCGCUGCCGGUGGCUGUGGGCUCGGUUCGGUACCGGCCUGCUGGUCAACGCGCCGCUGCUGGUGGUCCGGUGCUUCCAGGUCUACGUCUACAAGAUGCCGGUGUCCGUGUUCAUGUUCAAAAACGUCCUGUUCCUGGGGAUCCGUUUUCUGGAGCUGCUGGAGCAGUGUGUGACGGUUCGGAGGCUCUGGAGGUUCGGCGGUACCGGCCCGGCCCAGUUCUCACACUGCGUGUCUGAGAAUGACAUGUGUCCGCAUGGAUAUGUCAACACUCUGGCUGUCACGCAGUCCUAGACUCAGAGAAGCUUAAUCCAAACUGGACUUCUGCUGGCAGACUGCUGGACCAGUGGCCUGCAGAAUCAGCUGCUGCUAGAAGUGUCUGAUGAUGCAACGAGGUUCUGAUCAAACUGGUUAACAUCAUGAUGGUCCCAGAACCAGAACCCAAAGCUCCCAGCUGAAUGUGAGACCUUGUGGAACCCUGUCAUGUAGUUUGGAGGAUGUUCUAGGCCACACCAAACCUUUAUUGUCUGAUAGGUUCUUCUAUCCUUCCGCAGUGGCUCAUAGCUUUUAAUAAAAUAAAAAAUGCACAUCGAAGCAGCUGUCAGAUCUUCAAUGGAAUGGGAACAGGAAUACACUAAAACAACCCAUUAUCUUUUUAGGUCUAACGUCUUUUUCUUUUCUCUCUUCUUUUUUGGAGUGGGGUCAUGGGGCAGCAGCAGCCUAGGCCCACUGGCCCAGUGGCCAUAACCCUCUUCUGGAGAUUUUUUCAAAAACUUUUUGUCAAACGGUUGUUGAACAGUUGUGGCUUUAAACACGUUUUACUGUGGUGGACUUCAGGAGAGAAUGGCUCUUUAGACAGUAAAGCCUGCAGACUUCUGCUUUAGACAAGAUGAAAAUGUGGUGUAAAAAGUUUCUGUACAACUUUCAGAGUUUGACUAUCAUGACACCGCCUCUGCAAAAGUGAGGUGCAGCCAGAACUUCCAGAUGUGCCAAGUCCAGAAGGACGGUGCUCAUGACAGCAGCCCAGGUGCCCCACACCUCUGUCCAAAAACACCAGGCUGCUCCAGAACCUAUGGGUUCUGCUACAUCCAACAACUGACAGUUUUAGGAUUCAGCAGGUCUUGUCAAAUGCAACUAUUGGACUGUUCUGUUUUUAGAACCUGCCUCACUGAGACAUCAUGGAGUUUUAGUUAUAUGGGGACAAUGUUGUUCUGCAGGAACAAUCAAACUGGUGUCCAUUCCUGGUCCUUCACUAUCAAUUUAGAUGUUUCUCUGCUCCACAGCUGGUUUAAUCAGGUCCUCUGGGUCUACGGAAGCCUGUAAGUCACCUACUGAUUCAAAGCUGGUGUCUUGUAUGUGGUGUCAAUCGUAGAGUAAUAUAAUAACAGCUUACCAGAUUUAAUUAGAAAAAAUAUUUAUAUUGAAAGUUUAUAAAAGGUGAAAUCUAAAUAUCCAUCCAUCCAUUGUCUGAACCCGCUUUGUCCACGUAGGGUCAUGGGGGGGCUGGUGCCUGUCUCCAGCGGUCAACGGGCAAUCAGGCGGGGUACACCCUGGACAGAGAGCCAGUCCAUCGCAGGGCAACACAGAGACACACAGGACAAACAAUCAUACACACACACACACACACACACACACCUAGGGACAAUUUAGGCAGAGCAAUCAACCUAACAGUCAUGUUUUUGGACUGUGGGAGGAAGCCGGAGGACCCGGAGAGAACCCACGCAUGCACAGGGAGAACAUACAAACUCCAUGCAGAAAGAUCCCAGGCUGGGAAGCGAACCCAGGACCUUCUUGCUGCAAGGCAACAGCUCUAACCACUGCGCCACUGCGCAGCCCUAAAUCUAAAUAUUUUGAAUCAAAUUAAUAUAAUGUUCUGAUUAAUAUUCUAGUAUUUUUUAUCAUUUAAAAAAACAUUUAGAGACUUUUUUUAAUAUUAAGAAUCAACUUUAUACUCAAGGUUACUGUUAUAUAAAUAUUAAAAUACAUUGAUUUAUAUUUCUAUAUUCAGCUAUUUUGUAACUUCUUUCACAAAUGUCUGAAAGUCUCUGAUCAAGAGAGCUAAAUGUAGUAGAAAGGUUUUUAUUGUAUUACUCUAUAAGCAGUUCCCUUAUUGUUGGAGCAGAGAAACGUCUAGAUCCUCUAGGAUCUGGACACCACGGACCUAAACAUUAACGUUGGCCUUGUAUGAAAACUAAAGCUUUCAGUCAAAACAAAAACCGAAAAAAAAACAUGAUAGUUUUGUUUUAUUGUCCACAUUCUGUUAGAAAAUGGACUAUUAUGCUCUUAAUAAAUGUUCAGUUUUGUUUAAGUUGAGAAAACAGACACAAAAUGACUUUAUGUAACAGCUGAACGUUCUGCCUUUGACCAAUGUAUGUUGUGUAUUAUGAAAAUAAUAUUAAUGUAUUUUAAA